GUAUGGGUUUGCCUUCUGCUUCCGAAGUCGUGGAUUACGUUGGUUCCGGAAAAGUAGGAGAUAUACGUACCGAACACAAAUCAGUUCCAACGUAUUAUCUUCAUAACAUAAGUGUAAAUAACUUAUAAUGCCAAGUUUCAAACAAAGAGAACACUAUACGUGGCCUGAUGAUGUUGGAAUAAUUGACAUGGAGGUGUAUUUCCCGUCUUUGUACGUUGACCAAGCAGAAUUAGAAGAACAUGACGGAGUCUCUUCUGGGAAAUAUACAAUUGGUCUUGGUCAAUCUCAGAUGGGCUUUUGCUCGGACAGAGAGGACAUCAACUCUCUUUGUUUGACUGUAGUCCAACGACUCAUGGAUCGGACCAAAGUUGGUUACGAGCACAUUGGGCGCCUAGAGGUUGGUACAGAAACAAUUAUCGACAAGUCUAAAAGUGUUAAAUCUGUACUGAUGCAACUGUUUGAAGAGUUUGGAAACACAGACAUUGAAGGAGUUGACACAACAAAUGCCUGUUAUGGAGGAACAGCUGCUCUUUUUAACUCUUUAUCAUGGGUGGAGUCUAGUGCAUGGGAUGGUCGUUAUGCUGUUGUUGUUGCUGCUGAUAUUGCUGUUUAUGCUAGUGGUAAUGCUCGUCCAACAGGAGGUGCUGGGGCUGUCGCCAUGCUGGUGGGACCAGGUGCUACACUGACUGUUGAACGAGGAUUGCGAGCUACACACAUGGCACAUGUAUACGACUUUUACAAGCCUGAUUUACUCUCAGAAUAUCCUAGAGUUGAUGGGAAGUUGUCCAUCCAGUGUUACUUUCAAGCCUUGGACCAAUGUUAUCAGUUAUUUUGUAGAAAGGCUUUUCUAAAAAAAGGAGACCAGAAAGAGUUCAUGCUUGACGAUCUAGACAUCAUUCUCUUUCAUGCUCCAUAUUGUAAGUUGGUUCAGAAGUCUCUUGCAAGACUCGUUCUUAAUGACUGUUUGAGAGGAGUGGAUGUGGAAAAGUACAAAUCUAUGGAAGCAUUCAGUCACCUGAAGCUAGAAGAGACAUAUUUUGAUAAAGAUGUAGAAAAGGCUUUUGUGGAGUUUAGUAAACCAUUGUUUGAGAAGAAGACCAAGCCUGGGCUCCAGCUUGCCAACCGUGUAGGGAAUAUGUACACACCAUGCCUUUACGGAUGUCUCGCUUCGUACAUAGCAAGCUCCUCAUCUGGUGAUAUGCUUGGAAAGCGUAUCGGAAUGUUCUCGUACGGGUCAGGUUUAGCCUCUAGUAUGUUUUCCCUUCGAGUCACCACAGAUGCUAACUUGAUGAACAACUUGCAUACAUCUUUGAAAGCACAACUGGCUUAUCUGGAUCUAAGGAAGAGAGUGAGUCCUACUGAAUUUACAUCCAUUUUAAAGAUUCGAGAGGACACUCAUCACCAAGCUCCUUAUACUCCUACUGGUAAAGUGGAAGACCUGUUUCCAGAUACUUGGUUUCUUGUACAUGUCGAUAGCAUGCAUCGUCGACAGUAUGAACGUCGACAGCCAAUCCCAGUUUCUGAUCAACCCAGACAACAAAAACGUUCAGUUCCAAAGGAAAGUCUCAUUGAACCAGCAGGGUGCAAAUUUCUUGGUUAUGGAGAAAAUGGAUUUAACCACUCUGUGAAUGGAACGACGACCACACCAAAACCUGUUGUCGUAGCCACCACUCUUAGUCCUCACUGAACAGAAGAAGGUUGUAAUACUUGUCUUCUGUAGUAUUGGUGGUAUUAGUUUAUAAUCAUAUGGGGAAUUUCUCUGAGAUAAAGACAGAAUUACCAACCAAUUGUGACUACCGGCUGAGUAUUCUCCACCUAUCGUGUUUGAAAACUUCAAAGUUAUUAGUAAAUCAUAACUGUUUUUGUCAUAGAUACCAAUUUUAUAGAUUUGUGUUUUCUUCUAAAAGACAAAUGGAAGAAGUAGUAAUAUAAUCUUUAAUGCUGUGCAUGUUUUAAUAUUUUAGUUUCUUGUUGUGUUUCUAUUAUUCUUAAAAGAUAUCAAAGGAUUUGAAUGUUAAGUAUUACCUAGUUUUUGUUUAACCAAAGUGUAUCAGUUUAUGUUCAGAAAAACAAAAUUCCUGUCUUUGGUAUUGUUAUAUGGCAUUUGUCAGUUAUUUAGAUUUUAGCAAAGGUCCAUGUGUCAAACAUUUGUUUCCCAUUGCCUUAACUGUACAUCUAUCAUGCGUCCUCAGCGCUAGGCACAGAAACGGCAUGAAUUGAAUUUGCUCAAACUUUAAAGAAUUAUGGGAUUUGAUAAAUCCUCUUACAAAAAUAAAAAAAAAAGGUUCAAAUUGCUGCCGUACAUGUAAG